CUCCAGCACCGAUCGAGGAGAUUGUUGGAUCUUCUUGAUCUGAAUCCAUCGCUCCAUGGGUGCCUGUUACAAGAGAGAGAGAUACACGAUCGGGUCUGCUUCCCUGCGUCCGCCCCGACACGAUCCGCCGCCGGAUGCGGAUAACCUUCUUCGCCCAGGGAGCUGCCUCCUCGACGUGGAAGCCUACCUCGACAACCGCAGAAACGCCACCACAGCCUCUUGCAAGGCGAGGAACGGCGCGCUGAUCCGGGUCACCUUCUUCAUCGCCCAUCCGCCGCGCCUCUCCCACUUCACCGUCUGCUGCCCAGGCAAGUCACCCUACCAGCUGUUCGCCGACGAGCCCAGUGUCGUGGCAGCGGAGGAGGACCUCGUCCUCAUCCGCAUGGCGUUCCGUCCCGUUACCGACGCCUGUAUCCUACGGAAGUUCGAUUUCUUCAUCUACCGGGCUGCAGGUGGGGGGAGGGCGCCGUCGCUCACUCGGAUCCUGCCCCCAAAACCUUUCGUCUUCCUUAAGAACUGCCAUGUCGCCCUCCUGCCCCGCUACGAGGAGGACCCUCACCUGUAUUACAUUGUGAUUCUCCAUAAGAGAACGGUGCCACCCCACAGGCAGGAGGAGGAGGAUGACAUCAGGUUCGACAUCCACAUCUACAGCUCCAAGACUGCAAGUUGGAGCUGCAAGCCUACAUCGCUGGUCAAGCAGAGUGAUCAUGAUCGUGUGUGUCAUUUCACCAGCUACAAGGUGAUUACCAUCGGAGGAGAAGGCGGUGCGGUGGCUUGGGUUGACCUCUGGCGCGGUUUUCUGCAGUGUGAUGUGCUCAAGGAAACCGUUCCCACGCUCUACUACGGCCGGUUGCCGCCAGAUCUUGAUCAUAGUUCUAAUCGUCACUCAGACCCUCACAUCAGACGUGACGUUGCCUUGAUCCAAGGCCGCAUCAAGGUUGUUCGCCUGCAGACCAAGCCCUGCCCAGAAAUCCCAUACAGGAGACAAGGCUGGACAUUUGCCAUAUAUAGCAGGACAGCUGCGAAUCCUUGUGAGGUAGGAUGGCAGCAGGAUGGCAAUGCCAUCGAGCUUGAUGCCAAAUAUGUCUCUGCUAACCCGAUGGUUCUUCAAUAUCUGCCUAAGCUGCCGGACGACACCAGUGGCACGCCUGAGCCAAGCCCGGAGACGACGGAGAAGAGGCUCCGCAACUUAACUUGCCCUAUGCUCAGCCUGCACCAAGAUGAUCAUGUGUACGUCAUGGCCAGGGUUUCUAGCAGCGACAUUCGCUGGGACGGCAGCAACUUGGGCCUGGGGCUUGCCUUUGACCUCAGCAAAGGGACGCUGGAGAAAGUGGUACAGGUUAAUGCAGCAAGAUCCUUUUCGGGCCUUGUAUUCUUCAUCAUGCCCAGCCGGAUCUCAAAGUAUCUUGAUAUGUAUCCGGGCUCCAGGGGCAAAGGGAAGCCUGGCAAGGGAUCCGCAAGCAGCAGCAGCGCAUGAGAUCCCCCAUGAUGGAAUGACAUUCCACUUCA